AUGGAAUGCAACGAGAUGGACGACCUGCCCGGCACUUCGCGCCUCCUCGACCAAGGGGACAUUGUCCUCUCGCCACCACCAACCAAGUCCGUCAAUGACCCGUUGAACUGGUCCAAACCGCGCAAAUACUGGCAUGCUUUCCUCGUCUGCUUCAUCACCGGUCUCACAGCAGCCACCUCGAAUGACGCGGCGGCGGCUCAGUUUGGAGAGAACGAAGAAUUGGGCAUCUCGUACGGCGCGAUGAACACCGGAGCGGGCGUGCUGUUUCUCGGAAUUGGCUACGGCACGCUUCUCUUGUCUCCCGCGGCCUGGCUCUGGGGCCGGCGGAUCACCUAUCUCUUCUGCCUGACUAUGGGCGUUAUCGGCGCCAUCUGGAUGGCGAGAACCCAGUCCACGUCAGACUCGAUCUGGAAUCAACUGUUUGUAGGGGCCUCUGAAGCAUGUGCGGAGGCGAAUGUGCAAUUGUCGCUCUCCGACCUGUUCUACGAACAUCAGCGCGGCACCUUCCUUGGAGUCUACGUACUGGCCACUAGCGUUGGCACCUAUCUGGGGCCGUUGAUUCCAGGAUACAUCGCGGAUAGCAGCUUUGGCUGGCGCUGGAUCGGAUGGUGGUCCGUCAUCAUAUCCGGUGCUACCAUUGUCGUCUGUCUUUUCACCCUCGAAGAGACCAUGUUUGACCGUUCUGCCCAUCUCGAUGGCCGAGUAGUCCGCAAUUCCAAGCUCUCCACUCAUGGAGAACCCGAACUGGGACUGAUUGAGCAAAAAGCCAAGCCCCCCACAUCUGCAAACGAAGGUCUCUCCAAUGACCCUGCGGUCUCCUAUAAUCCGCCAGAUGAUAAGCCAAAGACCUAUCUCCAACGGAUCGCCCUGAUUACUCCAGCCUCCAACCUCGUGGGGUUUGGUUUCAAGCAGUAUGUGAAUCGACUCUUCCACACAUUGCGCAUUUUCUCCUUUCCCGCGGUCAUCUUCUCUGGAGUCCAAUGGGGCGCGCAGGACGCCUGGCUCACUUUCUACCUGACGGUCGAGGAUGAUAACUGGAGCGGUCCGCCGUGGAACUAUGGUGACGUCGGAGUUGGUCUGAUGAAUAUACCGUGUGUCAUCGGCGCUGUGCUCGGCUGUUUCUACGGCGGAUACCUGUCGGACAAGUUUGUGAUCUGGCUGGCGAGACGCAAUGGCGGUAUUCAAGAAGCAGAACACCGCCUGUGGCUUUUGUUUCCUCUCGCCGUGAUCAGCCCGCUGGGGAUGCUGCUGUUUGGCAUUGGCACGGGGUACGGCUGGUCGUGGCCUGCGCCGUAUGUCGGUCUUGGCUUGAUCGGAUUCGGAUGGGGUUGCACAGGAGACUUGAGCAUGGCGUACCUGAUGGACGCGUAUCCGGAGAUGGUCCUGGAGGGGAUGGUGGGGGUGUCGGUCAUCAACAACUCCAUCGCUUGCAUUUUGACUUUUACAGCGGGGUAUUGGCUGGAUGCUCAAGGGGUGCGGAAUACAUUCAUCAUUAUCGCCGUGCUGGACUUUGUCUUUGUCAUGACGACGGUGCCGAUGAUGAUUUGGGGGAAGCGUUGUCGGCGGUGGACCAAGGAGAGGUAUUUGGAUUUUGUGCGAAUCCGAGAUUCUCUGUAG